AUGAGCUCGAUCUCCAGCACAACAGGCACAACAGCCACCACUGCCACGACGACUGUGAGCACCACCAGCGGGACGACCAGCACAAGUGCCACAUCUAUCACGUGGACAUCCAGCACAUCAGGGACGACAGCCACCACUACAACGACGACUGUGAGCACCACCAGCGGGACGACCAGCACAAGUGCCACAUCUAUGAGUUCGAUCUCCAGCACAUCAGGUACAACAGGAACCAUGACUAGGACGACGGUGAGCGCCACCAGCGUCACGACCAGCACAAGUGCCACAGCUACCACUUGGACAUCCAGCACAUCAGGGACGACAGCCACCACUACCAAGACGACUGUGAGCACCACCAGCGAGACAAGCAGCGCAACUGCUACAACUACCAGUUGGACAUCCAGCACAUCAGGGACGACAGCCACCACUACCAAGACGACUGUGAGCACCACCAGUGAGACAAGCAGCGCAACUGAUACAACUAUCAGUUGGACAUCCAGCGCAUCAGGCACAACAGCCACAGCUACCGAGACGACUAUCAGCUUCACCAGCAGGACGAGCAGCACAACCGUCUCGACCAAAAGCGCGACAUCCAGCUCAACAGGCACAACAGCCACCAAUACUAAGACUACGGUAAGCGCCACCAGCGAGAGUAGUACCACAUCAGCCAGCAGCAGCACAAGGACGACUUCCACGGGGGUCGGCGGACGUCCGGUACGACCGUUACAACUGUUACUUCGUCUACCACAACUGUUACCACACCAACAGUGA